UGCUGUUAUCUCUAAAAAAAUAUUGACUUAUCUUUAGAAACCUAGGAUGAUUUAGCAAGUUUUUUAUCGAAAUAAAACAUAGCGUAUAGGUCAAUAUGUUGACGUCUUCAAUUAGUUUGGCCAUGCACUUGUUAUACUCAUCAUUUCAAGGCGUUCGAGUUGUCGGACGUGUUUUGGAAUACGUUUUACCGUAUACUGGGGUACCAUUUCGGAAGAAUAUGGCUGCGGUCGCGGGAAGAUACAUUGACUUCAAUACUAAACAUUUAAAAAAAGGUGACCCUCUACCUCCGUAUAAUGGAAAAUUGCGAGUCUACAAUAUGCGAUAUUGCCCUUAUGCUCAACGCACCAUCCUAGCGUUGAAUGCAAAACAAAUUGACUAUGAGGUGGUAAACAUAGAUCUGAUUGACAAGCCUGAAUGGUUGACGACUAAAAGUGCAUUCGCAAAAGUUCCAGCUAUAGAAAUCGCAGAGGGUGUUACUAUUUACGAAAGUUUGGUGACGGUUGAAUAUUUAGAUGAUGCAUAUCCAGAAAGAACAUUGCUACCGAAAGACCCUGUGAAAAAAGCUUUCGACAAAAUUUUAGUAGAGGCUACUGGUCCUAUACAAUCACUAUUUAUCAAAAUAUUGAAAUUCCCUGACACGGUGACAGAUAAUCACAUAUCUGCCUAUCAUAAAGCAUUAGAGUUUAUCCAGGAGCAGUUACAGAAUCGUGGCACGAAGUUUUUAGAUGGCCGUCAACCAGGAUUUGCUGAUUAUAUGAUUUGGCCUUGGUUUGAGAGGCUGAGAGUAUUUGACAAUGAUCAAAGAGUAAAGAUUGAUGGAUCAAAAUAUAAAUUAUUGGUGGAGUAUAUAGACAAUAUGUUGAAAGAUCCAGCAGUAAGCGAGUAUUUGAUUCCCAAAGAGAUUUUGAAACAGUUCCAUCAAUUCUACAUUUCGGGCCAGAGACCUAACUAUGAAUUACUUAAUGAGCUAUAGAAAUGCUUUUUAUAUGAAUAUUGUUUAUAUCUAUAUGUUUUUAAUUGGAUACUUAGUAAUCAAUUUGUUAAAUUGUGCCUCAUUUUACUAAUUAUAUUUGUAAUAUAUUCCAAUGAAAGCUAAUUAUGGUUAAUGAUUUAAGCCUAAAUGUUUUUAUUAAAAUAUUAAAAUAUUCAUUUCUAUAUUAUGAUAUAUAGUUUUAUGCUAUAAUUGAUUUAUACUAUUAAAAUAUGUGUGAUAUGGUUAAAUAAAUCAAUAACAUUGU